AUGGCUGCUUAUGAAACAGCACGAUUACAGCUUAUUGAGGCGUUUUUAAGAGACUUUUCAAAGUCUUUAAAUGUCUAUUCAGAGUUUCUUCCAGGAAAAGGAGUGGGUUUAUAUUCAAAAAAUGAUGUUUCAACGGGGUCUACUAUAUUCGAAGUCCCUCGCAAGUAUAUUUUAGACUUGCAAGGUGUAUACAAAUUUGCAGAAGCAAACGGCUCUUUUGCCGUUGCUCUAAAAGAAGUAUCUGCUCGUUCAGGCGAGGUUGAAUUGCGAUUACUAUUCCUAUUACUAUACUACUUUGGCGCGAGUACACAAACGGAUCCAACACAAUGGGAUUCUUACUUUCAAAGUCUUCCUCUUACUACUACUCUACCUACGGAAUGGAUCGAAGAAGAGCGGAAUCAAUUGCAGGGUACCUCCUUGUGGGAACCCAUAAAUGCAAAAUUGCAGGUUUUGAAGGAAGAAUGGAUGGAAUGGCGUACGCUACUGAAACAGUGGUGGAACAUUGAGCCUACGCUUCAGGGUUGGACCCAUGUGGAUGCUUUGUAUCGCAGUAGAGCAUUGGAAGAACCUGACGGCUCUGAAGCUAUUGUUCCUGUUGUUGAUAUAUGCAAUCAUUCCCAUAAUUCAAAUGCAAAAUGGAGAUUUGGGGAGACGAGCGUGGAACUUGUGGCUACACAGCAUAUUAGCAGCAAAGAGGAGAUUCUUUUAUGUUAUGGAAAUACAAAGGGUGCCGCAGAGUACUUAUUUUCGUAUGGCUUUCUCUGUCCCGAAGAGCAUUAUGAAGAUAAAUACAGCGAGAUUAAGCUAUUAAUUCCUCGUGACACCGAAGAUGCGUUGGAUGUCUGGAAACGACGCUUGUUUGGAAGACCUCCACUACUUGAUGUCGUUCGCGAUGCAUCUGGUAUAUAUUGGUAUGCUCCGUUUCUCUAUUUGGCCAGUCUUAAUGCUGAGGACUUUUCCUCUUUUGACCAAGAUGCAAAUGGAAACAUCAACUGGACAUUUGAUGGAAAAUCCCCUGCCCCUAGCGAAUUGCCCAUACUUAUUCGAAAAUCGGAAAAUGCAGAAUUGUAUACAUUGAGGGCUUGUGUUCUUGUAUCUCGAAUCCUUAACGCCUUUGCUCAUACACGAUCAGAAUGCAACAAAAUUCAACGUACAGGUGAUUGCCUUGCUCUUUGGGAGAUUGAGGGAGUUUUGUUAUUUGAGGCUAUGAAAUAUCUUGACGAAACAAUUCACAAACUGUCGAAAACUGAAGUCGUUCAAAAAUAUUUGGACAAUGCCACGCACAAAGCUCAAUGA